CUCCCUGCCGACCUAUGGAUCCAUAAACUUGGCUUCCUUUCAGGAGUGAACUGUCAUUUGUUCAGGCCGAUAGGGCCCCCAUGCACAUCUUCCAAACCGCAUGUUUGAUUCUCUACUCUGAACUCUUCCUUGUACCGACAUUCCUGACCAACGGACGAACUGCAUAACGAAUCCACAUUCCAUCCCUCGUGGCAAGAUACGGAGACAUUCUCCAUACCUUAGCUACACCAUACCUUUUCUUGUCUUUUAAGCUUCGCGUUGCUCAGACUACGGACGAAAGACCUCCCAUCUCAAUUUCCCCUCCCCUCUUGUAUCUUUACGGCCUUGACAGCAAUAACCAUGGCUUCAUCACUCAGGGGCCAAACCAUGAGAGUGCCCGACUGGCGGCCCAUAUUUGACCAGUGGCACCAUGCCGUCAACCCCAUGUACAGAAAACUAAUACCCGUGGUGGAUUGUACGCUUGAGCGGGUUGUUAGUGAUCCGAUCCGCCUCGCAAAGCUCAAGAAGUCUGACUUUGCCUUGUUUGCAUCGAGUUGGGUGCCGGAGGCUGACUGGGAGGUCCUCAAGACCAUUGCCGUCUUCUGCCUGUGGAUGUUUCUGUUUGACGAUACCAUAGACGCCCAGAUCGUCCCAGGGGUCACAAGCUAUGCUUCGAGCUACGAGCUUGCCUGCGAAUAUCGUCGGCGAACGCUCGACUUCAUACACUUCCACCUCGGUCUCUCUGUCACUGGAGGCAGUGAACCAGUAUGCCCUCACGUUGUGUCUACCCUCUUCGCCGAAGUUGCUCUUCAUUUUCGAAAGCUUCUCGACAAAGCCCAGAGGAAGGCAUUUUAUGGCUCCCUCCAAUACUUCAUCGAGGCGACCGCCCCAGAACAGGCGAACCGCCUCUCGGGCGAGCUGCCUAGGGUGGCGGACUUCUAUGAAUGGAGACUAGGUACCACUGCUGUGGACGCUAUGUGUGAUCUUGCCUGUGCAUUCGUACGAGGGAACAUUCCGCCCAAGAUAAUACGGGCUGAGGAACCUAUCUUACGGCUUGAAGCUAACAAAAACACCAUAUAUGUCAACGACAUUCUGUCACUGAAGAAGGAGAUCAGAGACGACACGCUCAUGAAUCUUGUCGUUCUCACAAUGGCCGAGACCGGCAAUAACCUCGAAUCAGUCAUAAACAGUCUGUCGGGGGAGCUCGUCAAGUGCGGACAGAACUUUGACGCAUCGUCUCAUCGGAUGCGUGCCAUGGCCGCCGAGUACGGCCCUAGCACGCAGCAAGACGUGGAGAAACUGAUUACAGAAUAUCAGCGAAUCAUAACUGCAGUUUGGACAUGGACCUGCCUGACUCCGCGUUAUGGUAUGGCAGGUUACAGGUGUGACGAUGGGUCUUUUCUGAUUCCCCUUUGAAAGCGUGCGGUGUUAUUGGUUUAUGAUUACUGAAGUUUUUUUUUCGAUUUCGGAUAUACCCUAACUUUUAUAACAGCAAAGAAGAAGAAAAAAAGAAAAAAGAAAAAAAAUAUGUUCACGGAUGAACACGGUACGAGUAAAAGAUAAAAUAAGAAUCUCUCGC